UAGAAAUGAUUAAGGCUGUCAUACUUAUUGGAGGGCCACAAAAAGGUACCCGUUUUCGUCCAUUGUCAUUGGAUACCCCAAAGCCCUUAUUCCCCGUUGCCGGUCGUCCCAUUAUUCAACAUCACAUCGAGGCAUGUCUGCGUUUGCCCGAACUAAAAGAAAUUCUCAUCAUUGGCUAUUAUCCACAAACCCAAAUGGAGAACUUUGUGACCGAUAUGCAGAACUUGUAUAGCAUCAAUAUACGCUACCUGCAAGAGUUCACCUCAUUGGGUACGGCGGGAGGCAUGUAUCAUUUCCGCGAUCAAAUCAGAGCUGGCAAUCCGAAAGCAUUCUUUGUCCUGAAUGGUGAUGUCUGUGCCGAUUUCCCAUUGCAGGAACUGUACAAUUUCCAUCGUCAACGUCCGGAUACAGCUCUGGUGACCAUUAUGAGUACAGAAGCAACACGUCAGCAAGCUGUACACUAUGGUUGUUUGGUAUUUGAUCGUGAAACGGGUGCCGUCUCUCAUUAUGUGGAAAAGCCAAGUUCAUAUGUAUCGACGUUUAUCAAUUGCGGGGUGUAUGUGUGUUCAAUGGAAAUAUUUGGUAAACUGGCAGAGAUAUUCCAUUCCAGGGUGCAGGAAUAUAAUGGAACAAAUUAUGUUGGUAUUGGUGGUAGUAAUGGUAAUGGCAAAGAUCAGGGUCAUAUACAAUGGGAGCAGGAGGUAUUAACACCAUUGGCGGGAACGGAUAAAUUGUUCGCCAUGACAGUGCCAAAUUGGUGGUCCCAGCUGAAGACAGCCGGUUCGGCGAUAUAUGCUAAUCGUCACUAUUUAGAAUUAUACCGUAAAACCCACCCCGAACGUUUGGCAAAUGCCGGUGUAAAACAUGCGGAAGGUGAUGGAAAUCUUAUAUGUACCAUAUAUCCCGAUGUGCAUAUACAUCCCAGUGCAACGGUACAUCACACAGCUGUGUUGGGACCAAAUGUAUCAAUUGGCCCUGGCGUCACCAUUGGGCCAGGUGUUAGAAUACGUGAAUCAAUCAUUUUAGAAAAUGCCGUUAUCAAAGAUCACACAUUGAUAUUACAUUCAAUCGUUGGUCGUGGUUCAACAAUCGGCCAAUGGUCACGAGUUGAGGGUACACCCAGUGAUCCAGAUCCAAAUAAACCUUUUGCCAAAAUGGAAAAUCCACCGCUGUUCAAUAAGGAGGGGAAAUUGAAUCCAUCAAUAACCAUUUUAGGAUGUUUCGUACAAGUGCCUUCGGAGAAGAUCCUAUUAAAUAGCAUUGUAUUGCCGCACAAAGAACUGAGUCGUAGUUUUAAAAAUGAAAUCAUUUUAUAAAAUAAUAAAAACAACAACAAUAACCUAAUUAUUAUUUGCCAUUAUACAAUGU